GCUGUUGAGCGUGGAGGACGGGGAGCCAGGAUAUCCGGUUCCAGUCCUCACCGAUCCCCAAAGCUGGCUGCUCAGUCACCCGCUCUCAGCCUGACCUACCUCAAAGGGUUGUUUUUAGGAUAAAAUAAGCGGCCUUUGGUUCGUCACAAGAGGUAAAAAGGCAGAAUAUAAAUGCAGUGCGAUAAUAGAACGCAGGGGCGCCUCCCCUGCAAGCUCAUCGGGUUCAUGCGACAGUCGGUGCUUUUGCUAAAGCCAGAAAGUACAGACAAUAAAAUGUGGUUGGGAGCUGUUCAAUAGGCAUGUUGCCAGGCCGUGUAUUUUACUAAAAAUGUUAUGGUGCCCAAGUCAUUGAACGAGGCCUCCUACCGAGUAAAUGAACAGUAUACAAUGCAGACUGACCUCAACCUAAUGGCACAGUCCUUUAAAUGCAUCCCAACAGCAACAUUCUGAUUUAAUAAAUGAAAGCAUUGUGGCGGGUCAGGGAAGGAGGAAUUGGGUUCAUUAUUGGAACCAGUGUGUGGGAAAGGGAGGUUGAAGUGUUUUGCUCGCAACCCUGAGAGUUCCUUACGCACACAGUGUGAAUUGGUGCUGGUAGGACCGUUUUUCUACACUGCUACAGUUUGUCAAGAUUCCAGCCGGCAAGGGAAGACGGAAUAACAUGAAGAUGCAGUCCAGUCUCCAUUUUGGGCUUCAGGCACAGCUGCUGCCACCACUAAUGGAUGACUAUGACAAGGAAAUGAAGCAGGCGAAGGAGAAGGUGAAGAAGAGGCACACGCCAGCGCCAGCGCGGCCCAGGAAGCCAGACCAGCAGGUCUAUCACCCCAGCCGGAGAAGUAAAGCGGAAACCACAGCCGCCAUUGAGUACGAGGGGUCCAGUGAGAGCAGUUCCAGUACGGAGCCAGACCCCAGUGGGCCGGCGCUCUUCUGCCUGGAAUAUGAGGCCGACAGCGGCUUGGUCACCUCCGUGGUUGUGCACCAGGAUAACGACCCAGACGAGGUGGUGGAGAAAGUCAGUGCCCAGAACCACCUGGACCCGGCUAUGCGCGAGGCCCUGAGGCAGAGGAUUCAGGAGGAGCUGGAGAAGCGGCGUGUGAAGCGCUGAGGACUGCAGAGGCGCCUGCGCCGUUUGCCGGCUUGGCAGUACUUUGGGGAACUUGUCCUGUGGUUGCUGGCUUGGGACCCCCGGGAGGGUCAGGGUAGUCGCGGAACCCUGUCCCUGGCAAAAGGUCCACCAGUGUGAUGGCUGAGACACAGUUGCCCGUGCCCAAAAUGAGGGUUGGAGGGAGCAGUGGAUUAUUUCGGUUGAGUCUGUUUAAGAGAGUACCAAGGAGUAUUAGUGCAGCCAAGACCUCCCCAAGACUCCGGUAGCCUCUUGCCCUUCUUAGUAGCCAGCUGCUGCCUCUCUUGUCUUUCGCCAUCAGACGAAGGCAGACACAUCACUGUGGCUCCGCAACUUUCCUGCCAAUAAAAGGUGCCCAGACCAAGCCCCCAGCACCGAGGGGAGCUCUUGGCACGUGCUGCCGGGGCCGGGGCCUGCAGGGGCGCUGUCCCCCUGCAUCACCGAGCGAGGGCACCUGUGAGGAGCCACCGUUGGCACAGGGGCGGCUGGUGCCCCAAGCCUUGCAUUAGUUACUCUGCAGUCUCCCCCUUUCGGAUCAGCUGGUAGACCAUCGCAAGGCAGGCUGCCUGCCUUGACUGGCAACAUCUUGUUGGCUUUUUAAGGCCAUGAAGCAUUGGGCACUGGCUGGGAUCUUUGGGGUCUCCAGGGCUGCUGUGCUUUACUCUUCUUGAUAAAAAAGUGUUUUCCAAACAAUGGCACAUUGUUGUAAAUAAACAUGCAGCUUGCUCCUUUGUU